UGUGACUUGUGGUGAUGGGCAACUGUUGGAAGAAGUAUGACAGUGUUCCUCCGGAGGUUGCAGACCUGGUGUUGGGAUUAUUGAGAGAGGAGAAACAGGAGGACUGUCAGACACUCAGGACCUCUUCUCACAGUGAGAGGAAAGAGACCGUACUGAAUCACCACAGUGGGAGUGUGGAAGAGAGAACGAGGCAUGGCAGCGACCGCAGUGGG